CGUAUGAUAACAUAUCACAUGUAUGAUAACAUAUCAGGCCUAGGUGAGAGUGAACCCUGCUACCACUGUCGCGAGUAACCUUACAGGUUUCCAGCAUCAUGGCUGUACCAUCAUUAGACGAGACUUCAAUUCAAGUCAGGUUUGACGCUGUGGGAGAUACAGGCCGGUUUGAAAUCGAACUGGAGUUUGUUCAAUCACUUGGAGAUCCAUCAUAUCUAAAUUGGCUCGCGCAGCAGCGAAUUCUGCAACAACCUGAGUUCGUGAACUACCUCGAGUACCUGACAUACUGGCGCACUCCCGAAUACGCCAAGUUUAUAGCGUUUCCGCAUUGUCUGCACUUUCUCGACCUGUUGCAACACAAGCCCUUCCGAGACGCCGUAAUCAACAAUGAAAUCAGAGAUGAACUCCUUCAGCAGUACUAUCUGCACUGGAAAUCGUACUACCCAGGCAUGGCCCCCAAUACGAGCACAGACACACCCACCACGGAGACUACCACCGACGUCGCUAUGACUAACGGCCACACGGAACAGAGUGCCAUGAACGGAGACAUGGCCCACGCCCCGUGAGUGGCUGUGCAUGCUAGGUGCAUUGCUGGAUGCAUACCUGUGCAUUUAUACUCGUGCAUAUAUCUGUGUUUAUACUCGUACAUAUAUCUGCCUUUAUACUCGUGCAUAUAUCUGUGUGUAUACUUUUAUGUAGACGUAUUCAUUUCCACAACAGCCCCCCCCCCCAGGCCUGGCUCCCAAUUCAGAUGCAUGUACGGCAAAGUUCGGUACAGAAAUAGGUUCAGGCUCAUGCAUGGGUGUAGCUACAUUGGAGGACAGACAAGGCCGUCUGCGCAGAGACAUGGGUAUGCGCCUUAAAGCAGUGUGAUGUGCACGUUGAGGGUGUUACACG